AUGGGGAGAAGCCUUACAAGUGCAAGAACAAAUCAGAGAGUUGCACAUCGACCUCCGUUCAAGUGUGAUGUAUGCAGCAAAUACUUCUCUCAUUCAAGCGAUCUGCUAGUACACAAACGUAUUCACACCGGGGAGAAGCCUUUCGCGUGCACGGUUUGUAAAGCAUCGUUCAGGACAUCAUCAAACCUUCGCAAGUAUGAACGUAUUCACAAUGGGGAGAAGCCUUACAAGUGCAAGAUUAGCGAUCAGCAGAAGGAAUUUUGGACAAGACUGAUAGCUUUCAAGUGCUCUGGUCUGUGUGAUCUCGAUUUGCAACGUUCAGGACAACAUGAAAUCUGCGUAAGCAUGAACAUAUUCACACUGGGGAGAGGCCUUACACGUGCGAAAACAAAUCAGAGAGUUGCACAUCGACCUCCGUUCAAGUGUGAUGUAUGCAGCAAAUACUUCUCUCAUUCAAGCGAUCUGCUAGUACACAAACGUAUUCACACCGGGGAGAAGCCUUUCGCGUGCACGGUUUGUAAAGCAUCGUUCAGGACAUCAUCAAACCUUCGCAAGUAUGAACGUAUUCACAAUGGGGAGAAGCCUUACAAGUGCAAGAUUAGCGAUCAGCAGAAGGAAUUUUGGACAAGACUGAUAGCUUUCAAGUGCUCUGGUCUGUGUGAUCUCGAUUUGAUUAGCGAUCAGCAGAAGGAAUUUUGGACAAGAGUGAUAGCUUUCAAGUGCUCUGGUCUGUGUGAUCUCGAUUUGCAAAGUCUCACAAAUCUGCGUAAGCAUGAACGUAUUCACACUGGGGAGAGGCCCUACAAGUGCAAGGUAUGUGGAUCCUCCUCAAAGCGCAAAUACUUCUCUCAUUCAAGCGAUCUGCUAGUACACAAACGAAUUCACACCGGGGAGAAGCCUUUCGCGUGCACGGUUUGUAAAGCAUCGUUCAGGACAUCAUCAAACCUUCGCAAGUAUGAACAUAUUCACAGUGGGGAGAAGCCUUACAAGUGCAAGAUUAGCGAUCAGCAGAAGGAAUUUUGGACAAGAGUGAUAGCUUUCAAGUGCUCUGGUCUAACAAAUCAGAGAGUUGCACAUCGACCUCCGUUCAAGUGUGAUGUAUGCAGCAAAUACUUCUCUCAUUCAAGCGAUCUGCUAGUACACAAACGUAUUCACACCAGGGAGAAGCCUUCUGCGUGCACGGGUUGUAAAGCAACGUUCAGGACAUCAUCAAACCUUCGCAAGCAUGAACGUAUUCACAAUGGGGAGAAGCCUUACAAGUGCAAGGUAUGUGGAGCCUCCUUCAAGCGGUUAUCAACUCUACAGGUUUUAUCCAACGGUUCUUCCACGUGCGCAAGCGUGCGCAAGCAUGAGGUAUUUUCCCAACUAUGCGUUUAG